UUGAACGGACGACAGACUGUUGAUGGAAACCGAUAUGGCAGAUACUCUCAGUGAGCCAAAGUGGCAAUCAUGUCUCAGUUUCUACAUCUGGGAUCUGUCGCUCGAACAAGGCAGCAACACGCACGACCGAUCUCCGACAAACAAGUCACACAAGGCACGUGACACACGGCACACCCAUCCCAUCUGCCAACAGCGUCACCUAUUGGUCUUGGCUCGCGAGCACCGCCGUCUUGCUGUCUUCUCCUCUCGUAGUGUGUCUCUGCUGCUGCCUCUGCUGCUGCUGCAUUAACACGCUCGCAGGGGCCGCCCCGCCCUUGAUGUCCUUAUCCUGCCUGUCGGCCUCGGCAGUGGCCAUCGCUAUGCGGUGCGUCAUCUCCUUGAGCAUUCUGUUGUCAAUUGUCGACUCUGACUCGGAAUCCGCUUCACUCUCGCUUUCACUUUCACUGUCACUCCCCCCCUCGUGCUGCCCCAAAUGUCCUUUCCCUAUGCCUCCGCCUUUGCUGCCGCAGUCCUCUUCGUCGCUGUCUGAGGUGGCAUUUUCCGUGUGCAUGGCGGGUUCUGCAAAGGCCAUGAGGGCUGUGCGGUUGAUGUGGGGCGAAGGGGGGAGGGCCGGUCCGGGAUGGGAUGAGGAGUUGUUGUUGUUGAUGAGGUGGUUGAUCAGCUCGUCCAGCUCGGGAGGCACCUUCUCGCCGCCCUCACCACCGGCGCCAGCAUUGUGGUGCAGGUGGUGCACUGGAGGGAGCCUCAAGGGAAGUGGCUCGAGUGGCUCGUUCUCUUGUUGCUGUGGCGGGAUGUACUUGAUGGGGGAGGGAGGGAGGUGGUCUCUGACGUGUGCACAGACCUCUGACUGGAUGAAGUGGUGGAGGAAGGCGGCAGAGUCGUUGACGGUUGCGCAGUAGAGGAUGGUGUUGCCUUUGCAGCAUGGCUCGUGGUACAUGACUUGGCUGCAAGCAUCGCCGGGCAGACAGUCGUCUGUCGCACUCGUGUCCUGCAGGAGAAUCAUGCUGUGGGGUCGUGGAUAGUAAGAAUGACAUUGUGUGUGUACGUGUAAGAAUGAGUCUGUCUCCUUGUUCAGGGCCUCAAGCUCGUGGCUGAGACCGGCCUGCAUCGAGACAGAAGAACAGACAUUCAUGUGGCUGGGCCUGUCUGCAAUCGGGCUGUGGAUGCAUACAAGCGUCUCUCGCAGAGACUUAAGCUCAAGCUCCGACUUCAGCGCUUUCUCAGCCUGAAAGAGGAGACAGGAACACGUGCCGCACCGCCUUCAGUGUGUCCUGCCUGUUGUCCUUACGUAUAGCAGCUUGACGUCGUACAGUUCCUGUCGGCAGUGCUCCAGCUGCCCCAUCAGCCGCCACGUCACAUUCAUCUCACGAAGCUGAUAUGAUACAGGCGUACGAGACACACACAGCCAAUAAGGUCUCUCUGUGUCCAAGCAACCAGCCAACGCACUCCCUCCCUCACCUCUUCGGCCUUUGUCCUGCUCACGAAGAUAGACGCCUGCUUGACGAGCUCCCUCUGCGUGCUCUCCUCUGCCGCCACGAUCUCGUCGACGGCGGCCUCCAGCUUCAUGGCGCAGGAGUGCGCCACAUUGUCGAUCAUCGUUAUCGUAGUUUGCAG